AUGACCAAAAGGAAAUUUGUUCCUCUCUUCACUGAAAGUGGCACGGGCAGUAGUACGGCUGUGCUUUUGCCGGGUCGUCAUCCGUGCCAGUGUCUCGCCGUUCGUCACCGCCUCAUAGGCAACUGCACCAACUGCGGGCGGAUUGUUUGCGAACAGGAGGGCUCGGGUACCUGCUACUUUUGCGGCCACUUAGUGAUGUCUCCAGAUGAGCGGAAGCGCCUGCAGGCGGGCACCAACGCGGCACGAAAGCUUUUUGAGCAAAUUAGGUCGGCUGCCUGGGCUUCUGGCACUCCCACACCCCCUUGGGUUACUCGUAGACAUCGACGAAAACGACACAACAAAGUCCGUAGCGGUAAUUCGGAAGACGAUAAUGUGGGCGAAUAUUCAAAGAAAUCAUUUGAUGACUUGGGCACGGAGGAAGUAAUGGAAGAAGUGGAAGACGUGGACACUCUUCCUCCUGAUAUCGACGCCCAGACGCGUUUGGAAGAAGGUCUGGUAAAGGCGAUGCUGCAGCGAGAUCGAUUGUUACACUUUGACGCGACAACAGCUAAGCGCACCCGGGUGAUAGAUGACGAGUUAGACUACUUUGUUAGUGAGGGCACUGGAGCGGCAGCGGUGUGGCUGGACCCGCAGACACGGGCGCGAGUUGCUCGUCGAGUAGAGGAACUGCGUGAGCAGCGACGCCUUCUCCGCUCACAGUCUGUGUUUGGACUCAGCAUCGACUUUGCCAACAUGACAGUCACUGAGCAGGAUCUGCGUGGGUCGAAGCCAGCACCGACUGAAGAGGACCUGGCAGAAUUGACUCUACGGAGUCAAAAGCAUGACAAACAAUCUACCUCAGGCAUCUCUGAUCCCCUUCUGAAUUUUAUGUCUCAGUCCCUCCAAUUAAAAGCCGCUGAGAGGCAGGUGGGAGUGAAGGAGAUGCAACCUUCUACACGCUUGCAGUCAUCCAGGGUGCAGGAUGCCGAUCAACAGAAGGUAAUUGACCGUGGUGUCUGUGUCAGCAUGCACCAGCCCUGGGCCUCCUUGCUGGUUCGGGGCGUAAAAAUGUGA